AUGAUUGUCCUGAAAGAGCGCGACGUGCAUUUUUUGCUCUCCAACAUCUCGGUUCCAGAAUGUCAUCGUCUACUUAACGACUUGCACGAUGUUCUCCGUGCAUACUCUUCGACCAAAAAUGCCCCACCAUCCGAACAAAUGAUCCAUCAGCCGGAGCGAGAAUCAAUCGUUACGAGAACUGGUAACACUUCGGUUUUCAUGCCAUCUUCCAUCACAACCUCUACCGGCAUUAAGACCGUCACGAUUAGUUCUAAAGGACUAAAAGGGUGCAUUAACGUCUUCACCCCAGACGGAGAAUUGCUAGGCGUAUUGAAUGCCGAGGAAGUCACUGCAUUCCGGACUUCCCUAGCUGUCAUGAUACCGUUCAUUCGAUGGCCGAAUCCGAAGAGAAACCUCGUCAUCUUUGGAGCUGGACGACAAGCAGAGUGGCACCUGAAACUUGCCCUACUGCUUAGCGACGUGAAGCAUGUCACCGUCGUGAACAGGGGCGGUCCUCGACGGAUGGAGCGGCUCCUGGCCGAUCUGCAGCAGAAGAAUUCUGACCUUGUUUGUCGGGUGUUGCUGAAGACGGCCGAAGAUUUUGACUCGCUGUUACGAGAAUGCCUUUUGUCUUCAGAUAUCAUUUUCUGCUGUACCCCGUCAACUACACCGCAUUUCCCAUUCAGCUAUCUUGACAAAAAGCCUCGGUUCAUAUCCCUAAUAGGAUCCUACAAGCCGUCAAUGCAGGAGGUUGAUUCCGAAACUCUCUUGUCCGGUGAACACAUCUAUGUGGAUACAAGAGAAGGCUGCCUUGUCGAGGCGGGAGAGUUGAUCAAGGCCAAGGUCCAAGGAGAUAAGCUGAUAGAGAUUGGGGAAAUACAGGACAUGAAGCCCCUUGGGACUGGAAAAAAUCUUAUCUUCAAGUGUGUGGGAAUGGGCAUCAUGGACUUGGUCAUGGCAGGGAGUCUGCUUGAGAUGGCCAAGGAGAAAGGCAUGGGCUUGAUAGUUGACGACUUCUGA